UGGACCGGGAUGGACCGGGAUGGACCGGGACAGGCCGGGACAGGCACGGCAGUGCUGCCGUGCCACGGGGAACCGGCUGCGGGGGCCGGCCCCGCGGGGAGGGAGGCAGCGGAGCGCGGGGAGCGGGCUGGGGCCGGCGCCGAGCCCCGGAUGGGGAUGGGGGAUGCAGGGAGGGAUGAAGGAUGCGGGCAGCGGCGGUUUGGGGUUGGGGCCGGUGCCAGCGCCUGGGGGCAGCCCUGGGAGCUCGUUUUGGGACCGCCCGUGGGGCCUGGGGCUGGGCAGGGUGCAGGUGGAGCUGCAGGACGCUGUCAGGGGGUGCAGGGCUCAGUUUGGGGGUGCGGGGCCCAGUUUUGGGGUCUGGCACCACCGGGGGAAGCUCUGGGACCGGGCAGAGGGUGCGAUGGGGCAGGGACCGGGCGGCAGCAGCCGCUCCAGCCGGGGGGCACGGGCAGCACUGGGGGUCCCGGGGGGUGCGAUGCCCGGGGCAUCUCCCGGCUCCGCUGCCCGCCUGCCCGGCCCGGCUGCCAUCAGGGGGAGAAGGGACAGGAUUGUGUCCGGGAACAGACCGGGGUGUCGGUGAGGCAGGAACGGCCCCGCUGCCAGCCCGGGACAGCCGCGGGGCUCCGGGGAGCGCUCCUGCAGGACUCGUGCAGCGCCGCUGGCUCCGGCCGCACCGGGACGGACCGGGUGGAAUUUGGGGUUCUGCUGGCUCCCAUAUCACCUGGCCGGGGUGGAAUUUGGGGUCCCGCUGGCUCCCAUAUCACCGGGACGGGCCCGGGUGGAAUUUGGGGUCCCGCUGGCCCCGUGCCCCGCUCUGCGGCCCCCCCUGCGCGGGAUUUCGGGCAGCUGACGCCGCCGGGGUCACGCUGGGCUGUGCCAGCGGUUUUAUUCCCGGCGGCGGGGGGGGAUGUGCGGAUGGCGGCCGGGAUCUCCGGGAAGCGCAGCCCAGGCGGAUGGGAAGGCUCUGCCCGGCCCCGGGAGCUGCGUGCUGCUGUCGUGGCAUCGCUCCCGGGCACAGCCCUCCCGGGCAGCCGUCCCUCCGCGUGGCAGCGGCUCGUCCCCGUGCCCCGGCCCGAUAAAGUAGGUCAGGCGCUGGCUCCGGGCUCCCGGAGCGCAUCCCGGUGCAAGGACGCCCUUGGAGGUAGCGGGCAGGGGGGGCUCCGGGGGGUCGCAGCUGGCGGUGGCGAUGGCGAGGCUCGGUGUUCCUUGGUGUUUGUCCCGGGAUGCUGGGCUGGGUGUGCUCGGCACGCUCCUGCCCUGCCCUGCCCCGGGGUCCCGCAGCUCGGAGCCCCCCGGGAUGUGCCGCUUCGGGCCCUUCUGUCCCGCAGGGGCGGCUCCUCCACCUCGUUUUGCCCUAAAACGGAGCGAGCCCGUGCAGCUCUGCCCUUCCUGCCUUUCCUGUGGCAGCGGGGGGAAAGUUGAGGUCUGGUUUUCCACCUGGGUGUAUCCGGCUCAGCCCGGCUUUGGGAGAACCCCCCGGGAGGGGUUUUGGCAGCGGAGGGAGCUGCGUGCCUUGGCACGGGCCGGGCUGCAGGGAGCGGGAGGCUCCCGGUGGCACCGGGGGUUUGGGCAGCACUCGGCUGGAAAGGGCAGCCAGCGGGACGUGCGGCCAGCCGGGACAAACCUUUGGCACGUUGGGCUGUGUGCCAGCACCUGUGGGAGUCACCGGCAGCCUGGAUGUCCCACGGAGCCCAGGAGGACCCACCUGGGAGGGGGGAUUGGGAUGGAGAGGCAGGGGAAGGGUCUGGGCUGGCUGGGGGAUGCUGCAGGGGUCCCUCGGGUCCCCCCACCCAGCAGCACCGCUGUGCAUGGGCUCCCUCCCUCGUUUUGGGAGGAGAGGGGUUAACUCGAAGCAUCCGAGCUAAGCCCUAGCAGGAGAAGGCUGAAAGCUCCCGGAGAACAAAGCUCACAAAGUGGUGGGCCCCCGAGGUGCUGCGGAGCUGGAGAGCCCCCAGGAGCUGUGUCCUGGCAGCCCCCCACGCAUCCCAGAGGCACCAUGAUCCCCAGCGUGGGCCCCCGGAGCCGCUGCCUGCUCCUGCUGCUCUGCCUCCUCCCCUGGCCGCAGGUCCGGGCGGGCAGGGACAGCCCCGGCGUGUCCGCAGCCUCCUUCCUGCAGGAUCUGCUCCAGCGCUACGGGGAGAGCCAGACCCUGAGCCUGAAGCAGCUCAAGGCCCUGCUGAACCGCCUGGAUGUGGGAGUGGGACACGCCAAUGCCUCCCAAACACCUCAGCAGCGCCUGAACCUCUCCCGUUGCUUCAGCUCCGUGGAGCUUUUUGCCAUCCACAACCUGAGCGAGGGCUCCCCUGUGGGGCACAGCGAGUUCAAGGAGUUCUGCCCCACCAUCCUGCAGCAGCUGGAGUCGGGGGCGUGCGCCUCCGAAAACCUGGAAAAUGAGGAGAAUGAGCAGACAGAGGAGGGCAGGCCCAGCUCAGCUGAAGUGUGGGGCUUUGGUUUUCUCAGUGUGUCCAUGAUUAACGUGGCCUCCCUGCUCGGAGUCCUCAUCGUGCCGUGCUCCCAGAAGGCCUUUUUCAGCCGGGUGCUGCUGUUUUUCAUCGCGCUCUCCAUCGGCACGCUGCUCUCUAACGCGCUCUUCCAGCUCAUCCCAGAGGCGUUUGGAUUCAACCCUCAGGAAGAUUAUUACGUUUCCAAAUCCGCUGUGGUGUUCGGGGGCUUCUACCUCUUCUUCUUCACGGAGAAGAUCCUGAAGAUGGUCCUGAAGCAGAAGGACCAGCACCACCAUGGGCACAGCCACUACGGCCCCGAGGCUCUGCCCUCCAAGAAGGACCGGGAGGAGGGGGUCACGGAGAAGCUGCAGAACGGGGACCUGGACCACAUGAUCCCACACAUCACCAGCGACCUGGAGUGCAAGCCCCCCUCGGGGGAUGAGAAGGCCGUGGUGGGCUCCCUCUCUGUCCAGGACCUGCAGGCCUCCCAGAGCGCGUGCUACUGGCUGAAGGAGGUGAGGUACUCAGACAUUGGGACGCUGGCCUGGAUGAUCACACUCAGUGAUGGCCUCCACAACUUCAUCGACGGCCUGGCCAUCGGCGCCUCCUUCACCGUGUCUGUUUUCCAAGGGAUCAGCACCUCCGUGGCCAUCCUCUGCGAGGAGUUCCCACACGAGCUGGGGGACUUUGUGAUCUUGCUCAAUGCUGGGAUGACCAUUCGUCAGGCACUCUUCUUCAACUUCAUCUCUGCCUGCUGCUGCUACGUGGGCCUGGCCUUCGGCAUCGUGGCCGGCAGCCACUUCUCUGCCAACUGGAUCUUUGCUCUGGCUGGAGGGAUGUUCCUGUACAUAGCCCUGGCUGACAUGUUCCCUGAGAUGAACGAGGUGAGCCGGGAGGAUGAGCAGAACGGCAGCGCCCUGAUCACCUUCGCCAUCCAGAACGCGGGGCUGCUCACGGGCUUCACCAUCAUGGUGCUGCUCACCAUGUACUCGGGGCAGAUCCAGAUAGGGUAGGAGCAGCCCGAGCUGCAGCCCUGAUCCAAUUUUUCCAUGUUUUUUUUUUCUGGGGGGGAAGGGUUUUUUCUUUUUUUUUUUUUUUCUUUCCUUUUCCUGCUGCAAACAUACGACGGUACCUGUGCGGGCACUGACGUCACACUACAGGAGAGACAUUGCUUUGAAAGCUAUUCCAUGGAUUUUUUUUCUGGUUUAAGGCUGAGGGGAGUGGCAUUCCCCUUCCCAUAGGACUGACCUGACUUUGUCCAGUGUCAUAUCCCUUCUCUCCUCGCCUGUCCCAGGAAGGAUGGAAUGGGGAGACAGGAGCUGCUCCUCUCGCUGUGCUUGGAGCGUUCCCAUGGCACGUGAGGCUGUCCUGACCCCUCUGGGGGUGUGCUGGGGACAGACAGGGACAGACCCUUCUCAGAGUGUUCCCCACAGCCAGCCCUCAGAGCUGUGCUCUCCGAGGAUGAGGAGGUUCAUGGUGUCACCAUCAUCCGACUGCUUUUGCUCCGUUUCAGCCCGGACAAUGCCCUGGCAAGAGCAGGGUGAAGAGGGCAGGGGUUUUAAAGCACAUUUUGGGUGUCAGUGCUCAGAGCAGAGCACACCAAACUGGGUUGGAGUGACACUUGGCUGCUGGAAGAAGCCUGCCAGGGUGCCCUGACCCUCCCUUCAGUCCAUGCUGCUGGAAUGAGGGGAAAACCCCCACUCCUCCAUGAGGGCUGCUCGGAAGGGGAUGAGAGCAGAGCCCUGCCCGGCCGCAGGCUCCAGCCCAGGGAUUUCUCCUCAGGCUGUGUCCAAGCUCACGGUGACACCCAGGAACAGCCACCAGUUUUUAAACAGUGCUAAGGUUCAGGGUGGGGUGGGGGGUGUUUUUAAAAGCAAAACUCAGACUGUGAACCUCUUUAGGUUGCGUGUUCCCAGCCGUAGGGAGUAGCCAGAGAAGGGCGUUCCAGGCACUUCCCAGCUCUGCCUCCGGGCUGGCCUUCCCCAGAUUCACUAGGUGAAUUACUUAUUAUCAUAUUGAUAAGGUUGCCCACCCCACCUGUGUUGCUUGAGGUUCCCUCACACACCUUUGGCCCUCAGACCCCUCGUCCUGUACCUGGUGUGAGCUUGUGGCCAUGUGGAUUCAGGGGAAUCCCUCGUGGUGUGGUGCUGGAUUGGGAUGGAGAGGUGCAGGUGCUCUGCAGGUGUUUGUGAGGUGUCUUCCUUCACUGCCCACCUGUGCAGGUGUGUGGGGUGUGACAGGGUGGUGGCACUGUGCUGGAGCAGAGGCUCCCACACCUUCCCUUCGCCCUCUGAGGAAGGCAAACCUGAGGCUGUGCCAGGUGUUAUUCCUGCCCACCUCAGGACAGAGGGCCCUGGCACAGGCUCAGCACCCCUGGCAGCGUUGCUCCCUGGCUGGAUCUCUGUAAUCCCUGAAUUCCUGUAGUUCCCAGCUGGGUGAUGUUCUUCCUAAGCUCCCAACAGCUGUCACCAAGCCCGUGCCCUCUGGCACUGCCAGGAUCCUCGUGGAUCAUCACCUGCACUCUCCGUGGCUUUUCCAGUCUGGGCAUUUGUCCCCUCAGCGCCCUCCAGCUCUUGGCUUUGUCCUGCACCCCAAAACCCAAAUAUCAGUUCUAGAGGAGCCUUUUUGGGGCGACCUGAAGCUCCUCGGGUGAUUCCUCAAGGAGAGAUAGGCUCCACUUUGUCCCGUGUGCUGUCCCUUGUGGAUUGUCACCAAAAGUCACUUUUGCCACUGGAGCAGAGCAGCGUGGCCUGUGCCGGCUGGGGCAGUCAUGAAAUUCAUCACCUGGCAGGCAUUCCCUGUGCUGCAGGUUCCAGGGCCAGAGGGGCACUGGAAACACUUUUUCCUUGCUUGAGAGAGUCGGCCCCAGCUGACUGCCUUGAUGUGGAAAAUCUGAGUCCUUCCACUGGCACAGGUGCCCUCUCCCCCCUCUCAAGGAAGCACUUGGAGAACAGUGUGGCUGGCAGGGCACAGGAGCUGCACCCCGGCUGGAAAAGCCUCUGUGGGGCAGGACAGGGGGAAAUGGGGGGUUUGUCCCCUCUGGACUGUGCCUGGGAGGUCCCCAGGGGCUGGGAAGGGGCAGAGAGCAGGGCUUGGCGUCCUCAGAGCCAGCAGGAUUCCCUGUGGGCAUCACAACCUCUCGUUUCCAGUCUGUCCCUGUUUGCUGAGAAAUCUGCCUGGAGAUUUGGGAUUGGGGGUGAGAACCGAGGCUGCCCUGCCACCAAGGAGAGCUCCUGAUCCCCCUGGGCAGGCUGGCACCUGCCGGUGGGAGAGGAGUGGGAGCCCAGCCAAACCGAGCCCCUCGUGGAUUUCCAUCCGUGUCUCCUUCCCCUCACGUUCCAUCUCAGUAUUUCAAUUACAACUCAGGUGUUGUAGGAGAGAAACAAAGAGCGUUAACUUAAAUGUCACGUGAAUUGUACAGAUAUUUGUAAAAUUCCAUAAAUAAAAUAUAUUCUGUAAUGAC